CUGUCAUUCAGACACAUGUAUUGAUCCCAAAUCCAGUGCUCUUUUAUCACAACAGGAUUCUGAUGCAAAAACUCAAGAAUCAAACAUUCAUUGAAAUUCCAAAAGAGUUGGGAAGAAAUACCACAUUCACUAUAACUAGUGAUGACAUACGGCUGUUGAAUAUCACUGUCACAUCACCCAACGGAACAGUUUAUAGUAUGACGAGUGAUAUUGUAGUUUACAAACCGACAGAAAUGAAGGCUCAGUUCAAUAUACGAUUGGCCACUGAAGGCAAAUGGAAAGUGAGUUUUGAGAAGAGACAACAUGAGACGGUAAUCGCAUACUUGUCGGUCACCAGUGAGUCCAGAGUAGAUGAGCCCAUUAAAGUGAGGGCUUGGAUGGACACACCAUUUGCGGGGACCGGCAAACCACCCACGGCUGUCAUUAACGCAGAAGUGACCAAAAGAUAUAAUUAUAUAAUUUGUGCCGAUGUUAUAGCUAUGGUGGACAGACCCAAAGGACAGCCAAUUUUUAUUCAAUUAUACGAUAAUGGGGUCGUGAUUGCCAUCCACUCGGAUGUUAAAGAAAGCGAUCAAUUGAUCACAAACUUAGAAGAAUUGCUGAGAAAAUCGUCGGCUUUUCUCUAUAAAGCCACUGAAGGCAGGGCUCGGUUUGUGGAGUUUGAGGUUAUUCUUCCUGAGACAUGGAGUAAGAAGGAUGGCUACGAAUCCAUUGCCGGCUCACACUUUCUUAGCUCUCACAUCAGAAUCGCACCGACAGAUAAAGUUAAGAGUGACGAGCCAUACACUUAUCAACCGAGAGGUUGUGGACAACCCGGAGAAUACAUUCAAUUAACUGAUGGCUUCGUUAAUCAACUAAACGGAAAAACUCGAGAUGACUUUGAAUAUCCAGAAAAGCAUUUGAUUCACGAAUGGGCGCACUAUAGGUAUGGUGUGUUUGAUGAGUACGGCAUUGAAGGCGACUCGAAAUACCCGUCAUUUUAUUUGGAAAACGGAACCAUAUAUCCGACAACUUGUAUAAAAGGAAUUAAAGGUAGACAGGAGGACAUGGAUGGCAAUCCGUGUAAGAUUUAUAGUGGGGGUCAAGUGGACUCCAACUGUCGAUUUAUUCCCGACAAAUCGGACAAUAGUGCCGUCGCAUCCAUUAUGUUUAUGCCUCACAUCCAAUCUAUUGAAAAGUUUUGUCUAAACAACACAAAUGACACAAAACUUUUACAUAAUAAUUAUGCGCCCAAUAAGCACAACAUUCAAUGCAAUUAUAGGAGUACUGCAGAAGUGAUCGAAGAGCACCGCGACUUUAAAAAUCAAAAUCCCGAUACAUUGAGUGACGGAUAUUCAGAGCCAGUCAUAAGACUGAUACGAAUCGAUGAGGACCAGAGCUCUCGGUUUGUGCUCGUAUUGGAUGUGUCGGGAAGUAUGCGGGACUUCGGGAGGUCUGCACUCUUGCACAGAGCGGCCACACGUUUUGUCAAUGACCUCAUCCCCGAUGGCAUGGAAUUAGGAAUCAUUCAGUUCUCGACAAAUGCAACCGUUUUGCACCCAAUGAUCACAAUCAAUGAAACUACUCGUCAGAGUUUGGCAGCAACUAUACCGAAGAUACCUGAGGGUUGGACAGCAAUUGGCAAAGGAUUACAACUGGCGCUCGAAAUGCUGUCUGAGGACGAGGGCGGCACUCGUGGGGCGACUAUUAUAUUGAUUACAGACGGCGAAGAGAAUCAGAAAGAGCCCACAAUUGAGGAGAUCAUACCUGAAGUUUAUAAGGCGGACAUCAAAGUGGACUCAAUUGCCAUCUCGACUGAAGCGGAUGCGAGACUCGAGAAUAUAUCGUCAAAUAGCGGAGGAAAAUGCUUUUAUAUGAGAGAUAACGACAACGCGACCAAUACUGCGAUGGAAACCGCUUUUAUGGGAUUUGUCUCACAACAGGCAUCAGAAGUAGGUGUUUGGGAAGUGAUUAUAGACAAAAACUACUCUUAUAAUAGGGAUAUAGUCGUAGCGUUAACAGUGACGAGUGAUCCCAAGAAUCCUAAUAAUCAACCGAUUCGUGUGAAUUCAUAUUUCGGUGAACUAGAGGUCAGAUAUCCGGCAACUGCUCUCAUUUAUGCUGAAGUAAUGAAAGGGCCAAAUGGUAUCAUUGGAGCUAAAGUUUUAGCUAUUGUUGAGAGGCCUGAUGCUGAAGAUGUUGAGGUUGAUCUCUAUGAUGACGGCAUUGGAGCUGAUAUAUCGGCUAAUGAUGGCAUCUAUACGACAGCCUUUACACAAUUCACACAAAAUGGG